AUGCGCUUCACAGCUCUUUUCGGUCUUGCACUCGCGAGCGUCGUUGCGGCGCUCUCGCCGCCUUCGUCGCGUACAACGCCGCCUUCGGGUGCGUUGAUUGUUCGCGCGGGUACGACUGCGUCUGGAGAGUACUCUACGCUCGCCAAAGCCGUCGCUGCGUUGCCGGCCGAUAGCUCUUCGCAGGUCAUCUUCAUAUACCCCGGGACGUAUACCGGUCAAGUCCUGAUCCAGCGCUCCGGACCCGUCACCAUCUACGGCUACUCGACCAAUCCCGGGUCGUACGCCUCGAACCAAGUCACCAUCACUGCUUCAGCAACGAUGACUUCUGCCGGUUCAGACGACGCCUCGGGUACACUGCGCAUCAAGACCGACAAAACGUCCAUCUACAACGUGAACAUCGUCAACUCGUAUGGCAAAGGCGUGCAAGCUAUCGCGCUCAGCCAAUACGCCUCUCAUUUCGGGUGCUACGCGUGUCAGUUGAAGGGGUACCAGGAUACCGUUUUGACCGAGACGGGCCUGCAUGUGUUCUUGCAGGGGUACAUCGAGGGCGCUGUCGACUUCAUCUUUGGCCAGCACAGCCAAGCGUACUUCGAAGGAAACGUCAUCGCAGUCAACGGGCCCGGCAGUAUCACCGCCAGCGGUCGCUCUUCCGCCGAUUCCGGCAUCUACCUCUUCUCCCAAAACACCAUAACUCUCGCCUCCGACGCCGCCUCCGGCACAUCCGGCACAACGUACCUCGGGCGCCCCUGGGCCGACUACGCCCGCGUAAUCUUCAAAUCCACCACCGUCGACACGACGCUGCAGAAGGCGUUAUGGAGCGAAUGGAGCUCGUCGACGCCCAACACCGAUCAUGUCACUUAUGCUGAUUAUGAUACGGAGGGAAGUUAUAGUAGGCCGAGCUGGGCGACGGAGCUGACGGCCAGUCAGGCGGCGGCUUAUACGAUGUCGAGCGCAGACCGAUGCAACUCCAGAUCAGAUACACAGAAACAAUGA